AUGUAUGCCGUGCUAGUCUGUGUAUUUGCCUUACUGGCGUCAUGGCGCACUCAUCUUGUUGCAGCUCAGCGAAGCAAUAGUCCCACCCUCUGCGAUGCCAAUGAUUCGUACAAUUCGACUAGAGUUCCCUACGAGUUCAAUAACAAUGCCUGGGGCGACGAUGGUUCGGGACAAUCUUGUCUGCAGGUCGAAGACGGCGGCGAGUCCUGGUCGGUGACAUAUACGUGGACGGGGGACCCAGAACUCGUCAAAGGAUUUCCUCGCAUGAAAGCCCACCCGUCGAAUCUCCCGGUGCCUUUCUGGAACGUGUCCAAUGUGGACUUCAGAGCCGAGUGGGACACGUACGUCAAGAGCACGGAGAACGAUAGUGCUGAAGAGCAGGCCGCAAAGUUUGACGAUAUCUACUUGAGGUCCAACGCCGCAUUGGAUGUUUUCCUAUCAGACAACGCGACCAAUUCGACUCUUGUUGGCCCUCCUAUAGAGAUCAUGAUCUGGUAUUGGUAUACUCCCACCAUCAAGCCCUUGGGAUUCUACGAUGCCACGCCUGACACGCCUCGAGUCGAAGUUGACGGAAUGAAUUUUACGUUAUACGAUGGUUUCAACGCCCAGGGUCAGCAUGUCUUUUCCUGGCUUGCAGAGCGGAACCUGACCAGGGCGGAUGCGGACUAUUCUCCCCUGUUCCGCUACAUAUGGCAGAACGGUUUGCUGUCUGGGGCACUUUGGCUUGGCCAGCUGGAGUUUGGUUUUGAGAUCAUGCAUGCUGGAGAGGAAACCGUCUCCGAGGUCAAAAGCAACUACACCCUUCGAAUCAACAGAGAUGGCGAUCCUGACGCGAGCACCUCGUCAGCACAACCAACAAGUACGUCCUCGUCUUUCUUAAGCACCAGCACCACAGCAGAAACGAUUCCUACUUCUACCACCGCGGGGACUGCCGCCUCCACAACUUCCACUGAUGCCGCAUCGACGCUGAUUCCAACAGUUGACACUGGGUUCUUGUUGCCUUUCGGCACCUGGUCAACUAUCCUUGCGCUGACGACGCUACUUUGCACCUCAAGUAGCCUGUUAUAG